AUGGCCAUCCAUCCUACUCUUCGCCGCUCUCACACUGCAUCCCAGAAUAACCUGUCGCCGCAGCAGGCGAUUGCUAUUUCUGUAUGGACGGAGCAGGCUGCCGCGUCUUUGCAGGAUCUGAGCCUUUCAGAAUCAGUGCCGGGAGAUGAUAGGAGCGCGCCCGCGACCGCGACAGUGACGCGACAAACCGCCUGUGGGACCUCGGUUUCUUUGGCAAUUCCUCUUGAUGAUGAGGUUUAUACUGCUGAAUCCAAGGCUGCUCCGCGGGUUGGGGAGCCCCAGAAAGUCUCAGUUAGUUUUCGGCGUCGGCCGCCUAUCCGUCGGGACAGUCUGAAGAGACGCGAGGCCUUGCUCAAGGGGAAGGACGGCAGUCGUCGUAGACAGCGUUGGGAGAAUGACCGUCUCUUGAACAACCCCUGGGCUGAGCCGCCAUCAGCUAAUGACUGGCUCGUGCAACCAACUUACCCUCGGCAUGACCCGGUUCCCUACUACCUUGCGCCGCUCUGGGAUAUUCACUAUUCACAAGUUGAUCGUCAUUCGUCCAAGGCUAUCAAGGCUGCAACCGAACAAAAGCACCGAGUCCCAAAGGAACUUCGGACGAGACUAAAACACGCGCGUGGUGCACGUGGCAUGCUCCAGGGCCUGGAGGAAGACGUCCGGAAUUUUGUCCAGCGAUGGAACGAGAAGCAGCUCAUGCUUCAGCAGGAAGAAUCACAAGAUGUUUCUGGGCCAGAAGAGGACUCUGAGGAUGAGAUCGUUUUUGUGGGCCGGAAUGGACAGGAACAGGAACGUAAGCCGAGGCUGCGGAAGACGCAAACGAAUACGAGUUCGCCAGAAGAUGAGCGGUAUGGCGAGAAGAUGGUAUUUGAAAGCAUGGUUGACGACCGCGCCGCUGGGUUUGGGCGCUGGCUCGUCCAUUGCAUUGCGUCCUACUAUGGCUUGCAUACCUGGUCUGUCACCACUCCAGGGCAACCGGCCCGACGUGAGGCCUAUGUUGGCUUCUAUCCUCCGAAUUCUGGCAACCGGACUGGAUCCAUCUUGAAAACAGUUCAGCCGGGGGAGGAGCUUCCUGUGCCGCUCUGGGCACAGCUGUAA